AGCGAACGGGCCUUCAUUCGUUCAUUCGAGUUUGAUUUUGCACAUUUUUCCUUUCGAUUUUCCUCUUCCCACCAACCCACGGUGCGGUUGUAUUUGUGUUAGUUGUAGUUCCACAACACCGUCAGGAGCAGGAAAGCAGUGUGCGAGUUUUCCAUACGGCGCUUUUCCAGUCGGUGUGCUUUCCCGGUCGGAAAAUUGUCGCUCGCCGGUCAGACGCUUUCCGAUACUUGAAGUGGUUGCAGUUGCUUCCUUAGGGAACAAGUUUGAAGAGUUUUUGGUGUGUUUAGAAAAAAAAAUCGACCAACGUGUUCCGUUACUGUAAAUGAUACAGCAAGUUUUAAAACAAUAAAGUGAAUUAGACGGAAACGGCAGCUGGAAGGUUGACGUCAGUUCAUCGGUGCAAAACGGACGACCAGUUGAAAAGAAGAAUAAAUCCCGCUGUCCGGUUUUUGAAGUAUGCGAAUCUUCGUGCAAAGAUUGCUAAAAACGAUAUAGAGAGAGAGAGAAAAAAUGAAGAGCAACCAUUUGGUGGUGGUUUACAGCAAUUAUCCAAACAGGCAAACAAAUGAUUAACCAAAAACAGCAGUGUUGGAAAGCUUUAAUGCAAAUUGUUAGUGAAGCUAAUUGAAGAACCCGCGUGAAAGAGAGGAAAACCCGGAGUAAUUACUCGACUCAUUUUAUCCCAAGCGAUCGUUUUGGUGGUACGUUUAAGUGUUUUUUUUUUCUGGGUGUUUGAUUGUUCAGAAAUAACAGUACAAAAGAGAAACUACCGCGACCAAAACUAAGAAGACGGGCAGCAAGGUGAAAUAAGAUCAAUCAAUCUACCUACGUCAAAGAUCCAGAAAGCUGGAAAAGCAGCUGGCGCAGCGCAUUGAGUGCACCAUGGGACCCACCAGCAACGCCGUGGAAGAUGAGCCAAGCCUCUCGGAUCUGCCGAAAGAUAUUCUAGAAGCGAAUGACCUGUUGGAUCUUAUUACUGAUAUCAUCGUAGAAGAAAUGCCUCCCACAGCACCCGAGAAACCAUUUGUUGUGAUUACGGAGCAGCCGCAAUCGAAGGCGCUCCGGUUCCGGUACGAAUGCGAAGGACGUUCGGCCGGUUCGAUACCGGGUGUGCACAGCACACCGGAACAGAAAACUUUCCCCAGUAUCGAAGUACGCGGCUACAAGGGACGGGCCGUUGUUGUGGUUUCCUGUGUCACCAAGGAUCCUCCGUACCGACCCCAUCCGCACAAUCUAGUCGGUAAGGAGGGUUGCAAGAAGGGCGUCUGCACGGUGGAGAUCAACAGCAGUAGCAUGACCUACACGUUCAGCAAUCUCGGCAUUCAGUGCGUCAAGAAGAAGGACAUCGAAGAUGCGCUGCGAUUACGUGAAGAGAUUCGAGUGGAUCCGUUCAAAACUGGAUACAGUCACGCCAAGCAACCCGCCACCAUCGAUCUGAACGCCGUACGCCUGUGCUUCCAAGUGUUUCUGGAGGGACAACAGCGGGGACGUUUUACGGAACCGUUGCAACCGGUGGUGUCGGACAUCAUCUACGACAAGAAGGCAAUGUCGGAUUUGGUAAUCUGCAAGCUUAGUGACAUCACGGCUUCCGUGGCCGGUGGCAAAGAGAUUAUUCUGUUGUGCGAGAAGGUCGCCAAGGAGGACAUUUCGGUGAGAUUCUACGAGGAGCAGCACGGUAAAAUCGUGUGGGAAGAUAUCGGCGAGUUUCAGCAUACCAACGUGCACAAACAGGUGGCAAUCUGCUUCCGGACGCCACGCUACCGGACACUGGAAGUGGAACAUUCUGUUAUGGUGAAUAUUCAACUGAGAAGGCCUUCGGAUGGUGCUACCAGUGAACCGCUGCCAUUUGAACUCGUCCCACUAGACUCAGGUAGGCGUAGAUUCUGGUCACUUCAGCGUGACAUACUGAAAAAUGACUCUCCGGAGAAUGAGGUGUUCAAAAAAAUUCUCCUGGAAGGUACGGUCGCUUCGCCGGAGCAGAAACCUUCUGCUGCCAAGAACAACCCAACACAGUCGUCGUCGGAUGAGGUCAUUGUGCUGGACACUCCCGUAGCGGAAAGCAAACCAAUCGUGACGGAGCAGAUUCCUAGCGAACAGAAAACGACCGAGUGGAUCGAGCGAAACGAAUUCAACGAUUCUAACAGUAAUGGCGUUGAUAAUCAGCUGAUGGAAGACGGCAUGUCUCCCGAAGAAUCCGUCGAGAAGCCGGUUCCGAACGAGGAUGAAGAUAAAACCCUCAACGAACUGCUAGAACAGGUUGCCGAGCUCGACGAGAUCUAUACGGAUCAUCAGCUCCGUCGGGAGAACAUGAUCAUUGAGAAUGAACUGAAAAAUCUAGAGAAAACGGUUCCGACCGGUCUCAUAGAAAACGGAGAAAAGAUGGACAUUGACGACGUGUUCGAUGAUGCUGCUACCUAUACUAGUUUGCAACGUGCCUUCAAAAACCCGGUCCCACUAGCGUUAGGUCCUCCCGUUCCACCGCGUCCUCUGUUUCAAUCCGAGCUAGAUCCCGGUGUUUACGAUGCUGUAGAGCCUGCUUUCACUAGUCCUCCGACGAUUGAGAUAACCUCCCUGAAGCGGGAUGGCAUCGACGACGAAAAGCUUCCUCCACUUCCGCCGAAACGUGCUAAACCGAAUAGUCAGAAUAAGGAAAACUUCGAUGGCGAUGAAGUCAUCCUGCACAGUAUCAUUCGUAAAGGUUCCAUGCGUAGUCUCACGCCUCGUCCUCAGUCUGAUCAAAUCAUCAUCAUGAAAUCCCCUGACAGUCCUCCUAGUAAAAAACUACCCCCUACACCUCCGGCUUCACCCAUCAAGAGUGAUUAUGGCACUUUGCCUAAGAGUAAGAAGUCAGGUUUUUUCUCCAAACUGUUUUCUCGUAAGAAAAGCAAAUCCGAUCUUUCCGGCAGUACCGGCACCCUUAACAACAAGGGAACCCCGGGAGCAUCCAAAGAACCCAGUGUGGUAAAUUUCGAAUCGGGUGACUCCGUCCGGGCUUCCUCCAUUCGAAGCAAACCACCGACCGUGGAGAAGGGAGCGAAACGUAAGGCCGGAAAGCCGGUAGCCCGAAGUGCCAGCAGUGUUUCCUACAAACGACCGACCACCGAGUCGAAUCCCGAUGUUAUUUAUAUCCCACUGAAGGGUGACGGUCCUUCGACUAAUUUGUCCUACAGGGCCGCCGGCAACGGAGGCAGCGGUACGCAUCUUUCCCUUCCCGGAAACGAUAAUUACGAGCGCGCCAGCACAGCUUCGUUGCCACCCCUGGAUCGAAGGGCCGUCAGUGCUUUGCAGUUGGAUGUUCCGAUUCAGGACGGAAACCUGGAACUGGUAGCCAUUGCCGAUGCCAGAAGUAUAAAGAAUCUGGUCGAAGGUGACUUCGGCAUCAAACUCGAUCCAAGUGUCGAUCUGACCGAAGCCGAACACUUUGCCUUGUACACCUCGAUAGCCCCGAAUGCGGCUCUCAGUGAAUUCGAUGAAACUUCGUGUUACUAUUCGCUCGUUGAACCUGGUCCGCUUAUAUUCCAGCAGCAGCAGCCUCAGCUCCGUCCCAACAGCACCGCUUACAGUGCCGAUGUCUAGAUAAGCGCAUUUCAGUCUCAGUUUACUACAAAAUCUCAUAUCAUUAUCUGCACAACAAACAAAAAAAACAACAUUUUAUUGACAACCUAUUUUUGUCUGUGUUUAUAGCAAAUCUGAGUCAGAAGCGCAAACGACGCAACUGGGAGGUCCCAGAACACACGCCGGAAGUAGCCCGUAAGUGUCGUCCGGUCUUUUUUACUCCUCCAUCAGCUCUUUCACUCUGUCUCUUUGGAAAUCUAAGCAUUUAUACA